AUGGACGCCACAGCAUUGGCAAACACAAAGGUCGCCAUCUACCGCCAACUCAUCAACGAGAACCUGCCCGUACUCGAAUGGCGCUACGAGCAACGUCGCGAGAUGCAAGAGAUCCUGCCUUCAAUCUUCCUCGGCCCUUACUCUGCAACACGCAACCUCGACGAACUCCAACGCGCAGGCAUCACACACAUUGUCUCGCUCUGGGAUGGGUCGGAAUCAAAGAUCCUCAAGGUCCAUCACCCGGACCGUUUCAAGUACCUCCAGCUCGAGAUUUCGGAUGCGGCAACGCAAAACCUGAUCACGUUAUUCCCACAGGUUAAGCAGUUUAUUGACCAGGCUAUCCUGCGCGAGGACGGAAAAGUUCUUGUGAAUUGUAUGAGCGGUAUUUCGCGGUCACCGGCGUUUGUGGUUGCGUACUUGAUGGAGGCGACGGGGAUGGAUUAUGAUGUGGUCUAUCGUUAUGUCCAAAACAAGCGGUUCUGUAUGAACCCCAACCCAGGCUUCAGGCAUCAACUCGAAGAAUAUGGACCUAUUUACACGGCGGUUCAGGCAUUGGGAUCACAACCAGUGGAGCAGAGGACGUCGGUUAGACGGUCAGCCCCAGAAGACGACGAGAUUGAUGACGCGUAA